CCCUGCAGCUGCGGAGACAGGCAAGCGCAGCCGGCUGGGAGGACUUGUCGCGCCUGCCGCAGCGGCGCCGGAGGGAGAGGGGAAGGGAGAGGCUAGCGGAGCAGCAGCCGCCCGCCGGCCUCGGGGUCGAGAUGCGCUCGGUGGCCGCUGCGCGCCCUGCUUCUCGGGAGGCGCUCUGAGCCGCAGCGGGGCCAGCAUGUGGAGGGGUCUGUGUGCGAGAAACAGAAACUCUGCAGAAUGCGCCGAAGGGUCUUUGGACCACUUGAACCUGGAAAGCCAAGCCAGGCCCAGUUUGAAGAGACCAGGCAACAGCUCCAAAAGCAGCCAGGGGUGGGGCAAUGGAAGCCCCUUGCUCCAGCCAGCAGAGGACAGGAGCUGCAGCAGCCGGAGCCACCCAUCAAGGGCCUGGGAGGUGGGGAUGAGGACCAAUCCGUGUCGCAGCUGAACGUCUCUCGCUUGCGCAGCUCCUCUGUGGAGAUCCGGGAGAAGGGCUCCGAGUUCCUGAAGGAAGAGCUCCACAGAGCUCAGAAGGAGUUGAAACUGAAAGAUGAGGAAUGCGAGAGACUUUCCAAAGUCAGAGAACAGCUGGAGCAGGAACUAGAGGAGUUAACAGCUAGCUUAUUUGAGGAAGCCCAUAAGAUGGUGCGGGAGGCCAACACCAAACAGGCAGCAUCUGAGAAACAGCUGAGGGAGGCCCGAGGCAAGAUUGACAUGCUGCAGGCAGAGGUGACGGCCUUGAAGACCCUGGUGAUCACAUCAACUCCUUCCUCCCCGAACCGAGAGCUGCACCCCCAGCUCCAGAGUCCCACCAAAGCAGUCUUCAGGAAAGGGCAUGGGCGCAACAAGAGCACCAGCAGCCCCGGCGCAGCCACGGCCACGAGCCCCAAUUCGCCCGUGGAGCCGGUCAGCAGCGAGUUCAAAGAGUCUGGGGUGCCCACCCUCCUCUCCCUGCUUCUCUGUAUCGUCCCUGCGAAGGCCGUCCACAUCACCUAUGAGCCAGGCUGGCAGUCCCUGGCAGCAGACUCUUCUCUCUCCUCUUCUCUCUUGCAGCAGGUGGAUUCCAUUUUGUUUGCAGAAUUCCAGGCUUGGAAGGAGUCCCCAACUUUGGACAAAUCCUGUUCUUUCCUUGAGAGAAUUUACCAAGAAGAUGUGGGGCCUUGUCUGGACUUCACCAAGCAUGAGCUCUCGGAGCUGGUUCAGGCAGCCGUGGAGCAGAACACGCUUACCAUUGAGCCAGUGGCUACCCAGGCGCUGCCUGUGGUGAAGGUGUCAGCCAUGGAAUGCGGCGGACCAAAUGGGUUCCGGUCCCCAAUUGUAACGAAAUGUGCCCUGAGUGGCCUGUCUCGAGCUUGCAGGCAUCGUAUCAAACUGGGGGAUUCUGGGAAUUAUUACUACAUUUCACCUUCCUGCAGGGCCAGGAUUACGGCAGUAUGCAACUUCUUCACUUAUAUUCGCUACAUCCAGCAGGGACUGGUGAGACAGGAUGUGGAAUUGAUGUACUGGGAGAUUAUGCGGCUCAGAAAGGAAAUGUCCAUGGCUAAAUUGGGGUUCUACUGCAGUGAAAUGUAAUUGGAGACUGGCACUCCACAAGGCUGGCACCCUCCAAAUACUCCACUAGGCACAGAGAGGGCUUGCUGGAAACUGCCUGAUAAAAACUGAAGCGAUCAGAAGCACAGAUGCUCCCCUUCGGAUGACUUGCUGCACUCUGGACAGUGCCUACCCGAUGUAGAUUGCUCAGGGCCCUCCCAAGGGCCCACCACCUCUGAACUCCUUUUUCUCUAUGCAUUCCACAGCCAGUAUAAAUAAGCGUAUACAUGUAUCUAUCAAGUAUAUGUAAAAGAUUUGCGUACGCAGGUCCUGAGACCUCGGCAGGCCCCUGGGCUCAUGACUUGCUUUGCUGCUCUGAAACAGAAAACGGAGCUGGGCAUUUCUGCACAACAGAGAGUGAUGUGAACUCAGCCACCCAGCUGCUAGCUCCAGCAGCUACUGGGGUGGGUAUGUGGGGGGGGGGAGGGCACGGGUUGUUCUCCAAAUGCCAGCACCACACAAUGGCCUUGCUUGAUAGCUGCAAAGUGGACAUUCUUCCAGCGUUUCCCAGGCAGCUCUUGUCCUGGGGAGCCUGAAAGAGUCAGCCAAGGAAGGCUAAAUCAUAAAGACUGCUUUUGAUUCUGUUUAUUGCUCAGGUUUGGCUUUUAGUUGCAUAAUGCAGAUCCUAUACCUCACCCUGUAAAGGCAGGCAUUGAUUCUAGGCCAAAACUCUUGCCUUGUAGCCCCAGUCACAGCGCCAGCAUGGGGAAAGCGCAUCACUGAAUGUUGCCCACAGCUGUGUCACUGUUCUUGUUCCACCCACCCCCAAACUGCGGAGAGGCCUCCAGGGCAGCCCCCCCAACCUGGUGCCCUCCAGAUAUGUUGGAUGACCUCGGUGAGCAUGUGGCAACACAUCUGGGCGGCACCAGUCUGGAACCUGUUCCAGUGAGCAGUUCUCCUGGAUGGGCCUCUCCUCUGCACGGACUCUUCGGCUGGCUUUGUUGCAGCGUGCCGUUCACCAAGUAGCCUGCACGACGUGUUCCCGCCCUGCCCUGGCUGGCUCCUCUUUGACCGCUUCACCUGCUCAAGCCAUCACUUGCCUUGCUGCCUUUGCCUCAGAGCCAGGGCGAUCCUGAACCUUCUGGCAAGCUGGACUCCUCAGCCUUGUGUAAAGUUGGCAUUGUAAAAAAUCGAGGGGUAGUGGGGCUUCGUUGGUAAGAUUAACUUUGCCCCCAAAUGGUUGAGUUUGGGUACCAUAAGGAGUAAAUCAGUAGAUUUGGAAGACUUUUGAAGGCUGUCUAAAGUGGAAAAGCCCCCUCCCCAGUUUUGAUCUGGUUUAUCUUCGGACACUGUCCUUGGCUUCCGAAAUGAGAGGGGCUGCCUCUGGAUUCUCUCUGGAAAUGGCCUCCUCUACCCUGUGAGCCCUUCCUCUUCUCAGACUGAAGGGGGGGAGGGUGGUUGAUGACUCCUCAGUGGUGAAGAGAGGCACUCUGCACAUGUUCAAAAGCACCAGGAAUUCCCUCUGGCAGUGAGAGUUGGGCUGAGAAUGCUGGCCCAGUAAUGGCCCAAACUCAGUAGAAGGAAUCCUACUGAACUUGCUCGGCAGCUGUCACUGGGCAAGCACCCUGGCCUGUAGCAAGCCCUUUUGGCUGUCGCCAUCGCUUGAUGCCUGCACCGUAUGCCUGGUUCUGUAUGAUCCGGCACUGGGCAUUCCCAGUCCUGCUCCCCGGAGGAGCAUUAUUGUUUCAGCUGGCAGAGGAAAGAAUUGCCCACCUUUGGUACUACGAUGGGGCUGUGUGCAGUGGAGUCGUGCUAAAGCCCGUGACUCUCUUGGUAGUCUCUCCUUAGCGUGGCAGGUAAGUGGCUGUUUGUUGGAGCCCAGGGGAUGGAGGGGGGUGGGUUCCCUGCUGCUUUGCUGCUCAGCCGUCUGGGCUGCCAACCUGAUAACUCGCAGUAGCACUCGCAUGCUGAGGAUUAUACUCAAUCUGUCUGCCUACUUCGCGGCCUGCCUAUCUAUAUACACACACUCAAUAGACGCUUUUCUUUCCAAGGAUGUAUUUGGGAGAAUAUUAUUGGAAAUAGACUGAUAGGAGAACAUGCUGCAACAACACUUGCCCUUUCCUGCAUUGGAUACAGCUUGCUGUUUGUGAAAGGACAGUUGGCAUCCAGAUGCAUGCAGGAAACUGCACAGCGGGGGGAGGGGUGACGACGACACUCGGAUAGCUCGCCAUGUAGACAAGGGUGACUCUCGUUGGCCCCUGUGAAAAAGCAUCAGAGCCAGUGGCAGGAGUUUUAGGAUCCUGUGGAAUUCAUAAUCGGGGAUUCUGUGCUCUGCCAGCUCACAAAUGGAAAACAAGCCCUUCUGUGAGCGUUUUCUCCCACCAAAUUCAGUGCCUGAGGAUCCCCAGUCCCAUCAUUUACCCUAACAGAUGGCCUUACAGAUGCAACCAAAGUUCAUAGCGCAAACUGGCUUUGUCGGCCGCAGAGUGAAGGGGUGGUCUGUAUGCCACACGCUAACAGUAUUGAUGCUCCCACACUGCUGUGUGCAAAGGUUUCCCGUCUUGCCUGGACAGAGAAGGGGCUGAAGCCUGAAGAAUGGCAAUUACAGUGCGCAAGAGCUUGCUGGUGCUCUUUCUGAAGUGACAGUCCUAAAGCAAAGUGGAAACAAGUAUGGAUGGGGUUUGGAAUACAAUAAAUAGGAGCUGCAGUUGGUGAAUGGGGUUUGUAUUGGAUCGGUAACACAAGUGAUAAAAUGGAGGGAUUGUCAGUCCUUAGCCACAGUCGAGUGAAUCAGAUGCUGUAAGCAGGAGCCAGUCAGUGAUAAAAAUUUGCAAUUAUUGCCUGCUUCUUUUGCUCUUGCAAGAAACCCAAGGGGCUUACAGGUUUCCCCUCAUCUCCACUUUAUCCUCAAGGAGAGGCAAUGACUGGCCCAAAAUCACCUAGUAAGUUUCCUGGCUGAGUGGAGACUAGAACCUGAGUUCAGUUCAAACAUUCUAGCCACUGCCACGCUGACUCCCAAAUUUAUACAAACUAAAUUUAUGCAGGAGACUAGCUUCAUUGUGAUGCAAGCCGGUGCCUGCCAGAUAUUUUCAACUGCAGCAUCUGUAAUCCCUUAUCUUUGGCCAUUCUGUCUGGAGUUUGUGGAAGUCUUAGUCCAAAACAUCUGGAGGACAUCUGGAUGCUUACCUGUUCUAAGUCAUCCCCCACCAACUACAGCUACUCUUUCCUUGUGUCACCAUUUACCUUUUUAUGCAGAAGGGGCAACUGUUCAGUUGUUCUCUUGGGUGUGUUACUAUCUCCUUAUAUAUUCCUAUUUUAAUAAAAUAUACAGAUCUCUAUUUAAUAAAUAGACUCCAGUUCUGACAGUGAGGCUGGUUCUUAUUGCCUUUGGGCUAUUUUAUUCCUUUUGAAGCCUGUGUGUAUUCCAGAUUUAAAAUAAACCACAUUUUCAAAGCA